AAAAAAAAAAAAAAAAAGAAAAAGAAAAGAAAGAAUGACCGGAAUAAAAUUUACGCCUACCCUUUGUUGGGGAAAAAGAAAAACCAAGGAUAAAACGUUGCUUAAACCCAAAGCCUUUUUUCCACGGCAAUUCAAGUUUCAACCCAGAGUCUCUCUGCGAUGGAGGACUGGUCUUGUUACCCGCCCAUAGAACCCAGCAACUUCGACCUAAUCAUCGUCGGCACCGGUCUCCCUGAAUCCAUACUCGCCGCUGCCGCUUCUGCUGCCGGCAAAACUGUCCUUCACCUUGAUUCCAGCCAUUCUUAUGGCUGCCACUUCGCCUCUCUGUCUCUCCAAGACUUCACCGAUUUCCUCCAAACCCACUCUAAAACCCAAUCUCCCCUUCCCGAAAUCGAACCCAGUUCCGGAGAAUGCAAUGUCCUUCCUCUUGUUACUCGUCCGGUGUAUUCAUCACUCGAAGUUAACGUAUAUUCCCCGGAAAUCAUCGAGAAAUCAAGCAAGUUCAGCCUGGAUUUGGCUGGUCCUCGGCUUAUGUUCUGUGCUGAUUCGAUGGUUGACUUGAUUCUGCAAACUGACAUAAAUCAGUACAUGGAUUUCAAGAGUGUGGAAUCGAGCUUUAUUUGUGAAGGGGAUGACUGUAAUUUGUGGAGUGUGCCCGAUUCGCGGAGCGCCAUAUUCAAAGAUAAAGUCUUGAGCUUUACUGAGAAGAAUCAGUUGAUGAGGUUCUUCAAGCUGGUCCAGAAACACUAUGAAGACAAGAGUGAUGAAGCAAACGCAAAAAUUUCGGAUGAGGAUUUAGAAAGUCCGUUCGCGGAGUUUAUGAGCAAAAAGAUUGGGAUGUCCUCGAAGCUAAAAUCGGUUAUCUUAUAUGCAAUUUCGAUGGCAGACUAUGAACAAGACAGUGUGGAACAAUGCAAAAACGUUCUGAAGACAAAAGAAGGAUUAGACCGUCUCAUACUUUAUCAUGCAUCAAUUGGCAGAUUUCCUAAUGCGCCUGGUGCAAUGAUAUAUCCCAUGUAUGGGCAAGGAGAACUUCCACAGGCAUUUUGCCGGCGAGCUGCUGUCAAAGGUUGUCUUCAUGUUUUGCGGAUGCCUGUGGUUGCUCUACUUGUGGAUAAGGAUGUUGGUAGUUAUAAGGGUGUUAGGUUGGCUACUGGUCAAGAACUAUUCAGCCAACGGCUUAUCCUUUCUCCUUCAUAUGUUGUACCAUCCGGAUUGGUUCGUCCUCCAAAUCCUCUGCAAGAAGGCAUAAAUGAUAUGGGUACAGCAGAUGCUAAGCAGAAGGUCAUCAGGGCAAUAUGCAUCACAAAAGCUUCGUUAAAAUCGGAUGUGGCUAAUUGUCUGGUUUUCCUUCCCCCUCAAUCUUUGUGCCCAGAGCAGCAGACAUCAAUCCGAGCCUUCCAGCUAAGCAGUAAUGUGGCUGCUUGUCCCCCUGACUUGUUUGUUGUUUAUCUGUCAAGUGUAUGCGAAGAUGUCGUUCAAGGGAAGAAAUUGAUGAAUUUAGCCAUAGAUGCUUUAUUUACAGUUCCCGUAUCUAAAGAUCCUGAUGAAAAUUGUACAGAGCACGACAGUGAGUUUACAACAACAAAAGUUAAACCCACUUUACUUUGGAGUAUCCUCUAUGUGCAAGAUCAAACUGCGGUUGAAAUUGAUACUGUUAGUUCAACCUUUAUGCCUGAUGGGACUCUUCUGUACAACAAUCUUCUUGAAGCAACAACUAAGCUCUUUCAGACAAUGUACCCUGGCGAGGUUUUCCUUCCAAAGGCAACUUCAUCUGAUACUGUUGUGGAAGAUGUAGAGUCUGAUUUGUAGCUACAAGCACCUGGUUCUGCUAGAAUGAAGAUUCUUAGAACAAAGGAAAUGAGAUUGAAACCCGGACUGUUGAUGCAGCAGAAUGUAUCUAAUUACGUGGUGGUUGUCUCUAAGGAGUCCAUUUCAGCUUUUUUUCGAUCGCCAUUUUCACUGGUGGGGGAACAUAUUUUUGGCGGGUUUCACCUCGCGAAGGCGGCAAAAUCAUGUUCUUAUGCUGUCUUCCUUCUUCGGCAUUUCUCCACUGACGAUUGUUAGUGUCUCAAGUCACAGCUCUUUGAUCAACAUAGUUAUACAUAGAGAAAAAGAUAGCCGCUAGCGUAAUAGUUUUUUUUUCAAAAAAUUUUCUGAUUGUUUCUAUUUUUUUAACUCAUAUAAGUUUUGGUGCCGGAUUUCACCAUGUACAGUAUUUAUGCCUUUGAUGGCUUACGUUUGACUGAUUGGAAAUUGAAAAAGAAAAACCAAGAGAAAGAUGUUGGGUAGUUGGGCAGUAAAUAACUAAAUAAGUGCUUUGCUCGGCAGCUCGGCAGCACAAUAUUUCACCAGUUUUUUUACUUUAUUUUCUUUAACCUGAGUACGCAACGGCGUCAAUCGCCACAUUGGGCAGG